AUGGAGGCUGAUGCAAGUAAGUGUAAGACUCUGACAAGAAACUGCCUGUUUCGCUUCUAAAAUUAUGAUUUACUGACGAGGAGUCGCCUCCAUAAAGUAGAUGGACGCUGUACACAUUAAACCGCAGCGGUAAAUCGCACUUACGGAAGGUGCCGGCGCAGUCAUGAGCGAGGAGGACGCUCCGGCCUCGGCCAGUAAGGACAAAGACUCCACUCUGCUGCUCACCAAGGACGGGCAGCGCUACUACGUGAGUAAAAGCGGCGUGGUGGACAGCAGGAACGUGACCACGCCGCACGAGCCGGACAACAACGCGUCCUCCUACGACAUGGACGACGCGGACGAGGAGAGCGACGUGGUGGACGCCUCCGACCCGAGGGACGGCGCCGCCAGCCCGGAGGAGCCCAACGACGAGGAGGCGUCGGAGGGCGACAACGCCCCCAAGCAGUGCAUCUACGAGGGCUGCACGCAGACCACCACGCAGGUGGCCAAGCAGAGGAAGCCCUGGAUGUGCAAGAAGCACCGCAACAAGAUGUACAAGGACAAGUACAAGAAGAAGAAGAGCGACCAGGCCAUGUCCAGCGGAAAAGUAGACGAAAACUCAGAGGAGCGACCUGUGUCGGUGAACAAACAGCGCCUGGGGGCCAUGGGCGACCGUCCAGCCAGACCGUCCUUGAUAGAGCAGGUCCUCAACCAAAAAAGACUGUCGUUGCUCCGGAGUCCGGAGGUGAUCAGCUUCCUGCAGCAGCAGCAGCAGCUCCUGGCCGCGCAGAGCCGCAGCCAAUCACAGCAGCAGUUUCAGGGCUGCUGACGCUUUUCGCACGGUUGUGUGUGUUGAGAAACAGGAAAGAAGCAUCUGAUGCAUGGAGCGCACGCUGUACCCGUUUUUAAAGAUGUGGGAAUGAACUAAAGCUGGGAUUUUUCAAAGUAGCAUGUCAAGUCAUGCCUGGUGCUGUUUGGAGAUAGAUUUUUUUAAAGUGUUUGUUUUUUUUUCACAUAAUGAAAUUUUACAUCAUAAUUGCACUAAAUUGUAGUUUUUAAUAUCAAUUUUUUGGAUUUUCGAUUGUUCUAAGAUUGUGUGUCAUGAUGUAUUUUAUGUGUUUCAUCCCCAAAAUAACCUCCAUUGGAUUUUUAUUGCUUCAGAAAGAUACUUCAUUUACCUCUAGUCAGUUUUGUGUUUUAUUGUUAUUUAAGCCUGUUUUCUCUUCAUUAUGAAUUGAAUACCCCCCACUGGGUUUUUUUACUUUUUUCUGGAAGUGUGGUUACAUGUGACAAUCAUUUGUGUACUUUGUCUUUGCAGUCGAACUGAGCUUUUAAAGUUUGUCUUUAACACAUUAUUUUAUACAGUGGAUAUAAAGAGUCUGCACACCGCUGUUGAAAUGCCAGGUUUUCGUGAUGUAAAUCAUUAAAGGGGGGAAAAGUUUGUGAAAUUAUUUGUCUCGCUGUUACUUUUUUUACAUCAUGAGAACCUCGCAUUUCAGCAAGUACAGAAGACUUUUUAUAUCUACUGUAUGUCUGUUUAUUCAAAGCAGCUGGUUAAAUAGUUCAGAGGAGAGAAGUCAUUGAACGGUGUCCCUGUGUUUGAGGUGUACUGCUGUGACCGAGAUUUAAAAUAAAGGUACUCGCAUU